CGCACGUUGGGGACAGUCUCGUUGACGUUCUCCGCAACGAGUAUCAAGAAAUAACAGCAUAAAGAAGAACAUGUAAAAAAGAAUUUGCGAAUUUUCAGAACUGUCAAAUACUGUUUCAUUUGGUCGAGAAGAAAAGUCUCAAUGUGCUAGUUUUCCACACGAUUUGGUAAAAGAAGAAUAAAUACAUUAAUACAAUCAUAUUUGAGGAAAUUACGUACAAGUGACUGAUAGUGGUUCUAUCAAACGAUUUACCUUCAAUUCAGCGAAAAAAUCUUAAAACGCGAAGCAAGUAUCGUUGACUGCAUAUCGAUAUGUUGAAUAUUGUACAGGUGCUUUCCCAAUAGAUUUGAGCGUAGUAACCAGAAUGCAAUAAUUUCAAGUGGAAACGUGUGCGGCUUAGUGUCUUUAAAAAUAUAAAUCGAGAAAGCACAAGAUAUUUUACCACGUGUACCCAACCACGAGUUCUGCAGUAUACAUCAUUGCUAUAGAUUUGGGUGAAAAUAAUACACAGGAAACAAUUUACAACCGCUCUGCGAAUUGCAUAGUCAAUUCAAAGUUUAAGCCAGACAACGAGUAGUGUCAGCUUAGUUGCAUUGUAACGAUCAAUUCAAGAAAUUGUCGGUUGAUUUCGAUUUUAAUAGGAAGAUAGAAAAAAGUAUACGCGUUGUGAAAAAAUUAGUAAUAAUUUACAAGCGACUUUACUGCCAAAACGUCGACGAAAAAUACAAGCAAAAAAUCACCAGCAAUUAUUGCUGCUUCAGGCCCGACAGCAGGUGGUCGCCGAUCGAGCAAAGUGGUAACAGUGGCAGCGGCAGCAGCAUCAUCUGCUGCUAAAACAACGGCAACGACGACAACAACGGUGAUUCCAUCGUCAUCAGGUGGUGGUGCAGGCACUGGUGCUGGUGUGGCGUCAGGAACAGGUGGUGCAAGCGGUGGUGGCGGCGGCGGCGGUGCACAUAGUCGCAGUGGACGACGCAGUCAUAGCAGCACUAUACCGCAACAGCAGCAGCAGCACACUAUUAGCAACACCAGAAGCGGUCACAACAUUAAGACUAGUGCGAGCCGCAAUAGCAACAUUCGCAGUUCUUCGUCCAAUAGCACAAUGGCAUCGUCCAAUCACCGUGGUGGCGGAGGUGGUGGCGGUGUUGGCGGUAAUUCGGGCCUGCAAAUUGGCUCGGCGUGGUUUCAACGCAAAAUCAAUUUACGACCACAGCAUCGAGGUGUUCAUUUAGUCACAGAAGAGAUACUCCGACAGAUGCCCGAAUUAGGGCAGUUUUCAGUGGGAUUGUGUCACGUGCAAAUCCUUCACACAUCCGCGAGUUUGGCGUUAAAUGAGAGUUGGGAUCCAGACGUCAGAGACGACAUGGAAAUGAUGUUAAAUAAAAUAGUUCCCGAAGGUCUACCGUACAGGCACUCGUGCGAAGGACCCGAUGAUAUGCCGGCGCACGUGAAAGCCUGCUUCCUCGGCAGCUCAUUGACAAUCCCCAUAACUGAUGGUAAAUUAUCGCUUGGUACAUGGCAGGGCGUUUGGCUAUGCGAGCAUCGCGAUCAAGCGGGUUCACGCAAGCUAGUUAUAACACUGUCUGGGUGUCCGCGUGAGACAGCGCGCAGUCCGCUGUCGCCAGUAUCGCCAAUCGCUUCGACAUCCAGUUAGGGAAGGCCUCGCUCCACCCGCGAUAGUCGGUAAUCGCGGGGGAGCGACAAUAAUGACAUCAUUUCGUCGAG